AUGUGGGGCUUCGAGCUCAUUGUCUCAAGGCGGGGCUUCGGUUAUCCGUUAUGCUUGUUGGAAGGACUUCCUUAUCCCCAGGUCGUCCUCCGGAUCUUCUCCUUCACUGGCGGCCUUUGUUUUCGUGCAUUGUUGUGUUUGGGAAGAUGGGAUUGCGAUUUCGUACUUGAGGAAUUUGUGUUGGGUUUGAGGACGUUCAGUCGGAUUCAGACGUUGGAUUCGGAAGAUGAUGUGGACCAACACGUUGUAUGGUCGCAAUUUCUACUAUCUUCCUGGCUCUACGGUUGUCAACAAAAUCGACCUCAUGUCCUCGGAGGACAUGAGCGUGGUCCAUUCGUGGUUUAUUAUGCAUAUAGCCUAUAG